CCAGUCUGCAGCCGGCCUCGAUGCGGCUGUCGAUUCGCUGGCUUUGGCGGCGACCUCCGAUCCAGCACUCAUCCGUCUUGAUCUGCGGCAAGCGAUUUUGUCCAGGGUGCACCUGGUGCCGGGGUGUGCUGGUUCUUGGCGGCGAAACUGAAUGCAGCCGGGCAGUCGUCGCUCAGGUCUCGAAUGGGGCUUGUGACUCCUUGGAUGACUUUGCCUUCCAUCAACAAAUCGCUCGUUUCACUUUUGCCCAUCCGCCGCCUCUCUUCUGCUCACCCGUCUCCUCACUUUAGUUCGCCCAAAGCUUCGUUGUAACCGCCUUUCUUUGCCCAUAUCGCUCCCUUCGCUCCCUUCGCUGCCCCUCUCAUCCUCCCACAUCACUCACCAUGGCCGCCAGCACCAACGACCUCUCCUCGUCUCUCGAUGCUUCACAGCCAGCCCUCCUGUAUCCAGACAUCUUCACAAUCGUCUGUUUCAAUGACAGCUUCCAGCUCGCCCUCGACCACAGCACCAUCAAAACCCUGCUUCGAGUGUCCAGACGGGCAAGGUCUCUGCUGAGCUCCAAGCUGGCUCGCUUCCAUCGCUGGUGCCAGAAGGAAGGACUGUGUCAUCCAGACGGACAGAUGCGGAUCGGCCUCACGCCCAGCGACCAGAUCGCCCUCUCACUGCAUUGCAAGGAGAAAGACCCAAACGACCGAUCCUGGCUCGUCGUUCAGGCAGAGCAGGGAAGCGCCCCUGCCUCGUAUUUCCUGGCCCGCGUCCUCCAGAUCGAUGUCGACCGAGGUGGAAUGAGGUGGAUCGAGUGGAACGCCAAGUUGCAAGAAAUCUUCCACCAUCUGGAGACGGCCUCCAGCGCAAGCCAUCCAAUGGCACAGUUCCACCUGGCCGAGUGCUAUCUCAACAGAAUUGGAGUCGACCAAGACCAGAUCAGGGCUGUCGAGAUGUACCGCAGUCUUGCAGAUUGUGGAAUGCCACAGGCACAAAUCGCCCUCGGUCGAUGCUAUGAGUCAGGCGAAGGUGUCGAUCAAGAUUACAACACAGCCAUCGAGCAGUAUACCAAGGCUGCCGAUCAAGGCUGCGACAACGGACGCCUCCGCAUCGUGUUCCUCCGUGGGUGGUUCUCGUUCACUGGUCAUGGUGUCGAGCAGAGCGACGAAGAUGCCCUCGCUCACUGGCAGCAAGUCAGCACCCAGUCCACCGAUCCAGUCAUCAAGUCGAUCGCCACACACAUGGUCGGCUGGAUGCACUAUCUCGGCCGGGGUACGCAGCAAGACCAGCAGAAGGGCAUCAAGAUGAUCCGCGAUAGUAAGUCAAGCGCAUUCAAAUUUGGAGAGGCUGAGUGCCUCUAUGGGUGGCCACUGGCACCGUCCAACUCACCCGCAUCUCGCGAGUUCUUCAAGCUGUGCCAAUUGGGAUUGGACCACAACUGGCUGUGCAAGCACCUGACAGCAGUUUGUCUGGUCCAUGGAUUCGGAACCGCUCAGGAUAAGACCAAGGCGGCGGACAUCUUUGAGCAGCUCGCCCACGAUGAGCACAGCGAAAGUCAGGCCUGGUUUGGUGGUUGCUACGGCAAUGGUCUCGGGGUGCCGGAAGACGAAUCGAAGGCCUUCGAGUGGUACAGCAAAUCAGCAAACCAAGGCAACUCAUACGGCCAACUCGGGGUUGGUUGGAGCUACUACGACGAAAGUGGGGUCCCCAGGGAUUUCGCCGAGGCUGUCAAGUGGUUCCGCAAGUCUGCCGAACAGAACAAUCGAGAUGGGCAGUAUGCCCUCGGCAUCUGCUUCGAGAAUGGCGAGGGUGUGACCGAGGAUAUCGACGUCGCCGUAUUUUGGUACCGCAAGGCUGCUGAGCAUGAUCAGCGACGGGCCAUCAACAGACUCAAGUCUAUCGGCAGGUGGCCGUGAUUCAUUUACUCUUCCAAAGACACACAAUCAACAAGC